GUCCGCUGGACCCCGCUGCGCCCCGACCUCACCCUGAAGGACUGCUUCUCCAUGGCCAACGUCUCCUGGUACGGGGGGGUGAGUGUCCGUGCCCAGCGCUGGCCGCUCAACGGCGCCGACAGCCCCCCCCAGCCCUUCAUCAGCGGCGACCUCAGCCAGAGCCCCGGGGGCUACGGGCCUGUCCUGGAGAGGUACUUCUUGGGCUCCACAGGGGUGACGGUGACGGUGGAGCCCGACGUGCCCCUCUUCCUCUCGCUGGAGAGCAACAGGCACUUCUGCCUGGAGUCGCCGGCGGGCAGCGCGGCUGUGCCACUGGGCUACCAGCUCUGCCUCAGCCCCAACGUGGCCGUCGCCCACCGGCACGUGGGCACCCAGCUGGCCGGGCCGGUGCGAGCCAUGCCCGACACGGCCCUCCUGGGGUCUCCCAUCUGGCGGUACCACGGCCCGGAGGGUUCAGCUGCCAAAAUAAAGCGAGGUUUGAGGUCCCUGGCCAAGAGGCUGAAGCGGCAUCGCCUUCAGGAGGGGGUGCUGGCCCUGGGGGAGCACGGCACCACCGUCCUGGCUGCUGCGGACCACGUCCCUGGGGAGCGGAGGAAGCGGCAGGACCCGGCCGGCACCUGGGACCCCUCGGCGGUGGCCCCUUUGCAGCUCUCCAUCACGCUGUCCCCCUACACCAGCAUCGCCUCCCCGCUCUUCCUGCGCUCCCUGCGGGACGGACAGAUGGACGGACACUGGCUGAGCCUGCAGCCCCCGGUCCCGCUGCUGACCAUGUGGAAGGGACGUCUUUGCGCCCGCCUGAACGUCACCAGCGAGGUGGCCCUCAGCUGGUUCCUGGCACGUGCCCGGCGGCUGCGGCAGGCGCUGGGGGCCACCUAUGUGGUCGUGGAGGGGGCCGAGGGCAGUGCCCUCCUGGACCAAGCCGUCCCACCUCCCCCCGAGCCGGCGGGCGACCGAUCCAGCCACCUCCCGCUCUUCGUCCAGAUGAGCCCCCUGCGCUCGGACUGGAGCUACGCUGGGCUGAAGGGGCUCAUUCCCUCCGUGCUGCACUACAGCCUCUUGGGCUACAACUUCUUCAUCCCUGACGCAAGAUUUUUGCAGCAGUUGCUCAGAUCCAGCCACCUCCCGCUCUUUGUCCAGAUGAGCCCCCUGCGCUCGGACUGGAGCUACGCUGGGCUGAAGGGGCUCAUUCCCUCCGUGCUGCACUACAGCCUCUUGGGCUACAACUUCUUCAUCCCUGACGCAGUAGGAGGGAGCCUGGCCUGUGACACCCCGGGGGACCCGGAGCUGUACGUGCGGUGGCUGCAGAUCGUGACAUUCCUCCCCGUGAUGGCCUUCAGCACACCCCCCUGGCUCUGCUGCGAUGCCUGGGUCGUGAAUCUAACCCGGCAGUGCAUACGGAGGCACCGGGACUUCGUGGUGCCCCUCAUCCUAAAGCACAGCGAGGAGUGGCUGCGUUUGGGGUACCCCAUCUUCCGCCCGGCCUGGUGGCUCAGUCCCACCGACCCAACCGCCUUCACCAUAGAGGACGAAUUUCUCAUUGGGGAUGAGGUCCUGGUUGCCCCAAUAACAGAGAAAGGGCAGACGUGGAGAGAUAUCUACCUGCCUGGAGAGGGGCACCUGUGGCUGGACACCAACACCGCCCGCGUCUUUGACGGAGGCACCGUGCUCAGGAAUUACUCUGCCAGCCUUGCAGAGGUGCCUGUUUUCAUAAAAACCUCCUAA